CAUAUACGAUAUAAGAAGUGUUUUAUGUCGCCUUUUGACUUAAUGCUUAUGUAGAAAAGGUAAACUAGAGGAUGUAUUUCGUAAUAACGUAGACUGAAUGAAAUUCCAAGCAAAACCACAGACAAGCAGCACGAGCCCAGAUUUAGACUUUAGCUAGUUGGAUUUAGCUCAUCAUUUUUCAUUUAGUCCUUGAUAAAAUUUGUAUUUUUUGUUUUUGUGAGUCGUCGUUUGUGUUAUUCGUUAUACGUGGCUCUGGGCUUUUGUACGUGCUCGUUUCGGCAGCCACUUUAUGACCGUUAAACCGCACAAUGGUGUUUUAUCAUCGUUAGCCGCUUGCUAACUGAGAGGCGAAGAGAAGAUAUCCAGGCUGCUUGCUCCUGUCUCCUGCGAAAAGUUGGCGUUAUCAGAUACCAACCUACUCCGAGCUCAGAGGACAGGGAUCCGUGAGCGAACAUGACUGUCGUAAGGCAGAGGAAAAGCAGUAAAGUGAAAGAAGUGGGUCUGGAACCUCAGAGUCAACGCUGUGAGCAUGCAGCUGGCAACUUCGCUAAAACUACUUUUGGCACCUCAUGGUGGACGGUGUUGUGUAUUAUCAUCGGUUCUAUAGUAGGAGUAAGUCUGGGCCUGCUGUGUUGCAUCUAUGUGGCUACACUUCAUGAAAAUGACCUGUGGUUCUCCAAUAUAAAGGAAGUGGAGCGUGAAAUCUCCUUUCGGACAGAAUGUGGCCUCUACUACUCCUACUACAAACAGAUGCUCAGCGCCUCGUCUAUACAGGAAGGUCUGUCUCAGCUCAUAAAUGACAACACCACAGAGUCUAUGAGGACCAUUAAUAUUCUACAGCGUAUGAACAUCUAUCAGGAGGUGUUGCUGAGUAUACUCUACAGGAUUCUACCCAUUCAGUCUUAUCUUGAGCCAGUGUACUUCUACAUCUACACUGUGUUUGCUCUACAAGCAGUGUAUAUAUUCGCUCUGUUCCUCACCAGUUGGAUGCUCAGUGAUUGUUGGCUGGCUGGGACUCUUGCUGGAGUCUGGUACAUCCUCAACAGAGUAGACACAACACGUGUGGAGUUCACCAUCUCUCUGAGAGAGAACUGGUCUCUGCCGUUUUUUGCGCUACAGGUGGCUGCCAUCACGUUCUACCUCCGUCCACGGCUCCAGCUGCAGCACCAGAGGGUGGUGCUGUGGCUGGUGUUUGUCUGCACACUUUGUUUCUGUCUCACAUGGCAGUUUAAUCAGUUCAUCCUGCUGGUUCAGGCCUUCCUCAUCUUCACUCUCGACUCACUGGACUUCCUCACAGCUGAGCAGGCGAAGUCUCUGUACCUGGUCCAAGUCAUGAGUCUGCUGUGUGUGUGGCUGCUGCAGUUCUGUAACUCCAUGGUGCUGGGCUCACUGGUGCUCAGCUUCAUUGUGGCUGUGCUCUUCAUCAAACACUUUCAGACAGGACUGAAGACUGGAGGCCUUGUCACACGUGUAGGAAAGCUGGCUGGUCAUGCAGUCCUGGUGCUCGUGUUAACUCUUAUCAUCAAUUAUUCAACCAAGCGAGUCCUGCAGCUGAGAUCAGACGAGCACAUCUUCAAGUUCAUAAAGGCUAAGUUUGGCUUGGGGGCUACAAGAGAUUUUGAUGCCAGUCUGUAUCUGUGUGAGGAGGCGUUUGGCGCUUUGCCUUUGGACACAUUCGAUCGUUUAGCUGCUACUCUGCUGCUGUACCCUUACCUCUGUACGCUCUCAGUACUCAUCAUCGUGUUGGCACUUGCAGCUCUAGCCAGCCUGAGAGAGUCCGGAGCUGGACGAAGGUCUGAAAUCCCAGAAGAGACGGCAUUCAACAUGCGUCCAGAUGUUGCCUACAACCUCCUCCACACAGUCUUCUUUGGCCUGCUGGCUUUCUCUACCAUGAGGAUGAAGUAUCUGUGGACCGGUCACAUGUGCGCCUUUGCCGCCUUCGGCGUGUGCGGUAAGGAGAUGUGGACGCUGUGCCUGCGAGUGAUCCAUUGCAAUACUGAAGGAAAGCUAAAGUUGAUCAGGUACUCCGUUCCGGUAGUGCUGCUGGCAUUCCUUUAUUACAAGUUCUGGCCCAAAAUGACAGAAGAAAUUUCAGAACUGAGAGAAUUUUAUGACCCAGACACUGUGGAGUUGAUGACAUGGAUUAGCUCCAAGACCCCCAAGCGUGCAGUGUUUGCAGGAAGUAUGCAGCUUCUGGCUGGAAUAAAGUUGUGCACUGGCCGAGUGCUGACCAACCACCCACACUACGAGGACCAAGCACUGCGGGAAAGGACCCAGCAGGUGUAUCAGAUCUAUGCACGUCAGUCUGCUGAAGAGGUACACAGACUCCUACGGGCUGCAGGAGCAGACUUCUUAGUGUUGGAGGACAGCAUCUGCUACGAGCGUCGUCACAGCCGUGGCUGCAGGCUGAGGGACCUUCUCGACCUGGCUAAUGGACAUAUCAUGGACGGACCUGGAGAGAAUGACCCUGACCUCGUUCCAGCCUCUCACCCGCGGUUUUGCGAAGCAGUAAAGACUGGUGAGCCGCCGUAUUCCACGCUCUUCACUCGUGUUUUUCACAACAAAACCUUUAACGUCUACAAGCUAAAGAAAUCAAAGAAGAAAGGUAAAAAGGAUGGGGGUGAGUAGACGAAGGACAACGCCUCCUCCAAAUCAGCCACCCACCUCGCUGCUGCCUGUGAGAAAUGCUUAGUUAUCGAGUGAUCACAGUAGGGGUGUGUGUGUUUGUGUGUGUGGGACAGAUACCUGAUUAAUCCAGUGCAGGCAGAUGAUGUGGGGUGUAUAAGUCUCUCUAAAGCAACAGGAGCUCAUGUUUAAAGAACAGCACGAGAGACAGCGAGUGAACAUGAGAUGAAAAAACAUUUUUUUUCCUUCCCCUUGACGUCUGUUUUCUGUCUUUCCUUCAUUUUCACUCUCUCUACAUGAUCUUAUGCAUUAAACAUGUUCACACAUAUGUUACUAGAACAUAGUUAUUGAAAAGAAGCAUGUUAUACUUUGUUAUACCUCUUUGCAUUUCCUCCAUUUCUCACGUGCUGCAGGAGAGGUGUGAAAAAAAUGAAAAGAAAAAAGAAUCUGUCUAAACUAUUGGGUAAUUGUUGUCUUUACACUGUAGAUGGAUUCAUAGCUCACUGUCAGAGCACGUUUCCACAUGUCCAUGAGCGUACGUAUGCUGCUCUCCCGACCGUCUAACAGUGACUAUUAAGAGGCAGACUUGGUCACGAGUGCAGCACAAGUGCCAUAAAUUCUUACUGUAAUGCCUAACGGCUCUAGCACUGUGAAUAUCAUUGCUUUUUUGUUCCGUUUAAUUAGCAGGAGUGUAAUUUAGUGCUUGGCACGUUGCCAUGAGCGAUGGCAAACGAACAAUUAAUUAGAAUUUUUUUUUAAAUGUACAGUCUAAUGUGUAACUGAAUGAACAAAAGCAGGUAGAUUUAGUAAAAAUAUAUGACAUUGUGUGAUAAGGCAAAAUAAACCAAUCUCCCUAUCUUUGUCAUAUAUAUCUAUAUAUGGCACCAACAGCAGAUUCUGUAAGUCCUAUAAGUUCGGAUUGCACUUAAUUGUCCAGCACGUCCCCCAGAAGCUUGAACGGAUUGAGAUCUAAGGACAUCAACUUUUUCCUCAAACCAUUCCUAAACAAGUUUUGCAGGGUGGAAGAGAGCAUUAUCAUGCAGAAAGUGGCCAGUGCCAUCAGGGAAUUCUGUUGCCAUGAAGGGGUGUUACUUGUUCUGUGUUUGGAAUUUAUAUAUUCACGUAAAGCUGCUUUGCAGUAAUGUCACAUGAAUGCCAGGAACCAAGAAUUUCCAGCCUUGCCUUCUUCCCAUAAUGCAUCCUGGAGCCGGCUCAUCCCCAGGUAAGCGACACACAUGCACCCGACGCUCAACAUAAUGUAAAAGAACAAGCCAUUCAUCAGAACAGGCCACCUUCUUCCGUUGCUCCAUGGUCUAGUAUUGAUACUCACAUGGCUGUUGUAGGCACUUGUGGAGGUGUACAGGGGCCAGCGUGAGCUCUUUGAAGCUACACAGCCCUAUAAGAUGCAAGCUUCCAUCCACUGUGUGUUCUGACAACUUUCCAGCAUUGUAGUUAACAUUAGCAUCAUAGCCAGUUUUAACCUUAUGUUAUGUAGCUCUUUUGAGGGAAUGGACCUCAAAAAGCCUUUGGAUCUGCUUCACCACUUGGACAUCUUUGGGUAGAUACUAACCACUGCAUACCAGGUAGACCACACAAGACCUGCUGUUAUGGAGUGGCACUGACCCAGUCAUCUAGCUAUCACAAUGUGGCUCUUCCUAUCUUUCCAACACAAGUAAGAGAACUGACUGAUUACCUGUUGACAUUCUUCACAGGUGGCAUUGUAAAUAAAUAAAUAAAUUCAAUCCAAGCUAGUAAUGUUACUUAAAUGUUAAUCUUUUUUGUUCCGUUAUGCCUUUUAUGAAUUAGACAUUUGUAAACAUUUUACUAGUCAGCCCAGUACAGCAGCCAAACAACCACAGUCUAAGCACAAUUAAGCGCAAUUUGGUUUUAAUAUAUUUCUUGGGCUGAUUCAGGACCAGGCUGCUACUAUAUCGGUCUAUCGGUAUGGAUUGCAGUAUUAUGCUCUAAAUCCAUUCUUUGAUGUUCUUUAAAAGUUGUGUAACAGAAAUCCUCAAAGGUUUUUAGUGGAAUACAUUCAUACAUCAACAUGCUUGGCCAGUUCAUAAAGAUCCUCAGUUCAUGCUGAGUGAAAUCAGCAGGCUGAAAUAAAGCUCCGUUUUUUGAUAGUCAAGCUACAAGAGCCGGGUGUUUUAUUACAGUCCUCAUGGCAUUGAUUAUACGAUGGAACAUUCCAAUUUAAUGCUCUGAGGUGCUGAUUUACUAAAGAUGUGCAUGUGUCAAAAUGUGCAUGCUGAUUUAAUAACAACCUGUUUGCAAGAUUGUGUUCUUCACAUUAGCAAAAUAACGUGUUCAGUUUGUUUGCCGCAAAAAAUAUGAAGUUCGUGGUCAGUUUUUUAAACCUAUAAGUGCAAAAUACACAAUGUCUGUGCAAACGGAAUUAUUUUACACGCUGUAUGAGUUUUUUUUUUCCUGUCAUCUUCGCUGUGGUACGCAAAUGAAUAGAGUCAAAGGGCAGUAAUUAUAUUUGUGAAAGGCAAAAUAAAACUAUUCAGGAAGCCUUGAUACGAGGAAAUGUUCUUAGAGCAUUUCAAAAUAGUUAGAAUUCUCAGAAUCAUAACUUAAUUGUACUCCAGUUAGAUUGAACCAGAUAUCUGCCAUUUAUUUGUAAAAAAAAAAACGAUUUGGUUUCACAUCUACUUAAUCAGUAGAAAACAGUGUCAUAUGGAUGUCAUUUUAUUUUGUAUUCACAUUUGAACAGUAUUUUGAAAUGUUUUUGACUCCUGUAUUUAAUGUGAUGCAUAAUUACACACAAUGGUUAAGAAAUAACUAGCCAGAUUAGUCAAAAAAUUUCAUAUCACAGUUUGGGUUUUUUUGGUGUGUGUGUUGAGGGGGGUUGCAAAUUCAAUGUGCCAAUUGAUUGUAUAAUUGCUCAUUUCCCUGUCUGAAUUUAUGCACUGAUUUGGCUAACUUGUUCAACAUACAUUCUUAUGUUUACCACCUCUUUUAGCCCAUUUGAUUAGGCUGAAAAAGAGAGAGAGAUCGAGAAAGAAAGGAUGUUCCACUUUCCGAUGAUGGCAAAGGGACAUUCUGUUUGUUUCGGAUCCUCAGGCAUUGUUCAACGAUGGUGCUAAACUGCACUAGCCUGAUCAUGUGAUGUUAUGAGUGUAUGA